GGGGUGGGGCGUCAGCGUCCCGCGUGUUAUGUUGAGAGGAGGGUAGGUAGAUAGAAUGUAUUGCUUAUGGAUCUGUGACAGUUUGGUGGUGUGAGCUAUAGCUUAGUCGUCCAUGUAGAUCUUGGUCUGUUUUGUGAUGAACCCAAACAACUAAGAUGGGAAAGGAUCAAGAGCUGUUGGACGCAGCAAGGAAUGGCUAUUAUGCUGCAGUGGAGAAGAUCUUGCUGCAGAGAACCAGGCGCUCUGGACCUUUGGCGAGCCUGCGACGCGGCCCUGGGCCCAACAUCCAGGACACCAGCGGGUACACGGCGCUCCACCACGCCGCCCUCAACGGUCACAGGGAGGUGGUGGCACUGCUGAUGGCCCACGAGGCGUCGGUGAACCUGGCCGACCACCGCGGCUCGACGCCGCUCCACCUGGCCGCCUGGACCGGCAACGUGGAGGUGGUGCGCACGCUCAUCACGCACGGACCAGGCAUCGCCAACGUCGACUGCGUGAACAAGGACCACGAGACGCCGCUGCACUCGGCCUGCCAGUACGGCCACACGCCGGUGGUGCGGCUGCUGCUGGAGCACUGCUGCGACGCGGCCGUGCCCAACUGCCGCGGCGAGACGCCGCUCGACCUGGCCGCCCAGUACGGCCGGCUGGAGGCCGUCGAGCUGCUGGUGCGCGUGCGACACUCGCUGCUGGAGCCGUACCGGCCGGGCACCGCGGCCGGCGACGACCGGCUGCCGCACACGCCGCUCCACUCAGCCGCCAUGAACGGCCACAGGGCCGUGGUGAAGUUGCUGCUCGACUCAGGGAUGGACGUCAACAGCGUGACGCCGGCCGGCACCGCCCUGUUCGAGGCGGCGCUCUGCGGCAAGGUCGAGGUGGUGCGCUGCCUGCUGGCCGCCGGCAUCGACACGACCCUGCGCGACGGCUACGGCCGGGACGUGCUCACGCUGCUGGCCGAGAUCUCGACGCCCGUCACCACGCGCAUCCGACAGCUGAUUCAGGGCCGCGACCUGCUGGUGGACGUGGAGCCGUCGGAGCCGUGUGAGUCGACGGAGCCGACGGGUGCGAGCCCGCCGCCGCUGACCAUCAGUCCCGGCUCGCCGUACGAGAACGUGCUGCUGCCGCUGCCGUGUCGGACGGCGCCGGACGCGGCCGCCGGCCGGGCCGCGCCCCACUGGCCCAUCUACGACGUGCCGGCCCGCCGCCACCGCGCCGCCGCCGCCGUCUCCAAGUCGUCGGACGAGCUGAACGGGAUCGAGUUUGAGAGCCCCGUGAAGAACGGAGGGCGCGCCCCCAUUCUCCGUUCACACUCGUACGACAUGGACAAGCUCACGGACACCGAGUCAGACCCGCCGUCCCCGCCACCCAAGGCGCGACACCAGUCGACGGGAUCCUCGCUAGAUGGCAGCAGGCACCAGUCGACCGGCUCGUCGAUAGAUGGCAGCAGACAGCAGUCGGCCGGGUCGUCCAUAGAUGGCAGCAUUGGCCGGACUUCGGGGCAGCGUGUCACCUCCAGGGUGCGAUCGCUGGAUAAUGAAGGAACCUUCCCGUCAGUGGGGCUCAAGCCGGUGCCGCCGCCCAAGCCGCCUCGCCGGAGCAUCGCCUCGUCGCCACCCGUGCCCGAGGGCAUCUACGAGCUGCUGGCCGACGCCAAGUCGGGCGGCGGCGACAGCGAGCGGCUGGCCAACGGGCGGCGCGCCUACGAGAACGUGCACGGCUUCUGGCGGCUGCAGGAGCGGCAGGCGCGCGACGACAUCGGCCUGAACUCGGGCCGCGCGCGCGUUAAGGACCGCCGUCGCAACCGCACCAACGUGUACGAGAACUGCCGGCCGGGCGAGCUGACGGCGUGCACCCGCUGA